UUUUCUUCUCACAUUGAUAGCUUUAGAAGCAUAAAACUUACAUCCUGUUAUGGAAGUUACAAAAACAAUUCUUGAUAAAUACGAUAAAAUAUUCUUCUAUCAGUUUGGCUGUGGUUUUCAUUCAUAAUGCAUAAAUGAAAACGGAAAAAACAACUCCCGAUUGUGACAAUGUGUUAGUAAAUUGUUAGUUCAAAAUAUAUACAUUUCUUAAGUGCAUAUUAUAAAGUUCUGCGUUAAAUCAAACAAUCGAAAAAAAUUAAAUUCUUUACUAAAAAUAAUGUGAUAAAUAUCUAUACAGCUGCUCAACAUGACGAAACAAAUUUAUUCUUUCUUGAAUUGUUUUAAAUGUCUUUAUGUCAUCCUUUUUUGUUUGGUAUUGAUUGAAAGUGUGAACGCAAACCCUGAUGCAAAAAGGUUAUAUGAUGAUUUGUUAAGCAAUUAUAAUCGGCUCAUUCGACCUGUAAGCAAUAACACAGAUACCGUGCUGGUAAAACUAGGACUUCGCUUAUCGCAGCUUAUUGAUCUGAAUCUUAAGGAUCAAAUUCUUACCACAAACGUAUGGUUGGAACACGAAUGGCAAGAUCAUAAAUUUAAAUGGGAUCCAUCAGAAUACGGAGGUGUAACGGAAUUGUAUGUACCAUCCGAACAUAUUUGGCUACCAGAUAUUGUUUUAUAUAAUAAUGCCGAUGGUGAAUAUGUUGUAACCACAAUGACAAAAGCUAUUCUCCACUACACUGGCAGAGUCGUAUGGACACCACCUGCAAUUUUUAAGUCUUCUUGCGAAAUCGAUGUACGGUAUUUUCCAUUUGAUCAGCAAACAUGUUUCAUGAAAUUCGGAUCAUGGACAUAUGACGGAGAUCAGAUUGACCUCAAGCAUAUCAAUCAGAAAAACGACAAAGAUAAUAAAGUUGAAGUUGGUAUUGAUUUACGAGAAUACUAUCCAAGUGUAGAAUGGGACAUUUUAGGUGUUCCAGCAGAGCGACAUGAAAAAUAUUAUCCUUGCUGUGCAGAGCCUUACCCAGAUAUCUUUUUCAACAUUACUCUUCGACGUAAAACACUUUUUUAUACUGUCAAUUUAAUAAUACCAUGCGUAGGAAUUUCCUACCUAUCAGUGCUUGUUUUUUAUUUACCAGCUGAUUCUGGUGAAAAAAUCGCCCUUUGUAUUAGUAUUCUCCUUUCACAAACGAUGUUCUUCUUACUUAUAUCCGAAAUUAUACCGUCAACAUCACUUGCGCUCCCAUUACUUGGCAAAUAUCUUUUAUUUACAAUGUUACUAGUGGGUCUCAGUGUUGUAAUAACAAUUAUAAUACUUAAUAUUCAUUAUCGCAAACCGAGCACUCACAAAAUGUCACCAUGGGUGAGGGCUUUCUUUAUUAAACGGCUUCCCAAACUUCUUCUAAUGCGAGUUCCAAAAGACUUACUACGAGAUUUAGCUGCAAGUAAAAUAAAUUAUGGAAAACAACUAAGCAAAACUAAAUUUGGCCAAGCGCUUAUUGAUGAGAUGCAGUUGAAUUCAGGUGGAUCGAGUCCAGGUUCUAUAAGAAGAAUGCAACUUCGCGGAGGUAUAAGUGGAUGUAAUGGUCUCCAUUCAACGACUGCAACGAAUAGAUUUAGCGGAUUAGUGGGUGCACUUGGGGGUGGAUUAAGCACUUUAAGUGGAUAUAAUGGUCUGCCUUCUGUUUUAUCUGGUUUAGAUGAUUCUCUCAGCGAUGUAGCUCAACGAAAAAAAUAUCCUUUUGAAUUGGAGAAAGCAAUACAUAACGUAAUGUUUAUACAGCAUCAUAUGCAGCGACAAGAUGAAUUUAAUGCAGAAGACCAGGAUUGGGGUUUCGUAGCUAUGGUGCUUGAUCGGUUAUUCCUUUGGCUGUUUAGCAUUGCAUCGAUUGUGGGAACAUUUGCUAUACUAUGUGAAGCACCAUCCUUAUACGAUGACACAAAACCAAUUGAUGUUGAGUUUUCAGUGAUUGCACAGCAACUUUACAAUUUAACGGAGAAAAAGUCGUAAUUUUGUAUUAUAUAGAUUAAGUUAUAUCUGUUUUGUUGUUUAAAAAAAGUUAUUAUUUUUAACGUGCCAAACUCAUUUCUUAACCACAACUUUAUAACUGCUAAAGUAUUAUUACUUUUCGAAUAUAAGAAAUAAUUAUUAAAUUAAAUAAAGUCUAUAAGGUCAAU